AUGGAUACCCCGUCGUCGACGUGCGACGAGGGCUCCGAGCUCGACGCGCGCUCGCAGUCCGACUACGCCGACUUCGACGACCUGGACCGCCCGCCGCGGGGCCGACACCGCCGGGAGCCGUCCUCCGACGUGUCCUCCGAGUGCAGCGGGGAGCCCGGGAGCCCCUACGGCCCCUCGCCGUACCCGCGCUGGCCGUUGUGCACGCUUGCCACGAGGGCGCCACCGCCGGCCGCAGCGCUGCUCAAGAGGCUCAGCACCACGCGGCGCGGCGGCGGCGGUGGCGGUGCCGGCGGGCGUGACGGGAAGCCCGGCGACGGUGAGCUUCAGCUGAUCAAGGAGAGGUUCUCCAAGCUUCUCUUGGGCGAGGACAUGUCGGGGAGCGGCAAGGGGGUCUCGACCUCCGUGGCCAUCUCCAACGCCAUCACCAACCUCUAUGCGACUGUCUUUGGGAGCUGCCACAGGCUGGAGCCCCUGCCGCCGGAGAAGAAGUCCAUGUGGCGGCGGGAGAUGGACUGCCUCCUCUCCGUCUGCGACUACAUCGUCGAGUUCUUCCCUUCCAAGGAGAUCUUGCACGACGGCACCACCCGAGAGGUGAUGGCGACCAGACCGCGAUCCGACAUCUACGUCAACCUCCCCGCCCUCGAGAAACUCGACGACAUGUUGCUUGAGAUUCUGGACAGCUUUCAGAAGACUGAAUUCUGGUACGUCAAUGACAAGGGGCAGAAAGAUGAUUCCGUCACGACGCCGUGCCGUCCAGUGAGCCACCGCGGCGAGGAGAAGUGGUGGCUGCCCGUGCCGUGCGUCACCAAGCCCGGGCUGACGGAGACGGCGCGGCGAGACCUGCAGCAGAAGCGCGACUGCGCGAGCCAGAUCCACAAGGCGGCCAUGGCCAUCAACAAUGCCGUUCUUGCGGAUAUACGGAUCCCCGACCUGUACAAGCAAGCACUACCCAAGUGCGGGCGGGCCAGCGUGGGGGACCUGAUCUACCGGCACAUGUCGUUCCCGGGCAAGUUCUCGCCGGAGUACCUCCUGGACUGCCUGGAGAUCUCGUCGGAGCACGAGGCCCUGGAGGCGGCAGACCGCGUGGAGGCGGCGAUGCACGUGUGGCGGCGGAAGGCGAGCCAGAGUCACUCGAGGUCACCAUGGAGCGCGGUCAAGGACCUGAUGGAGUCCGACAAGAACGUGAUGCUGGCGAGCCGCGCCGAGGACGUGCUGCUCUGCCUCAAGCAGCGGUUCCCUGGCCUCUCGCAGACCACGCUCGACGCCAGCAAGAUCCAGUACAACAAGGAUGUUGGGCAAGCAAUACUAGAGAGCUAUUCGAGGGUGCUGGAGAGCCUGGCGUACAACGUCGUAACCUGUACAGAUGAUGUUCUCUUCGCAGAUGAAGCCGCCAAAAAGAUAGCAUGA